AAAACCCUUUCUUAGACGCUCCGGAAUUGAAUCUUCUCGCACUUCUCUUUCAUCAUCCACCAUGUUCCGUUCAGCACUCACAAAGACUGGCCUCAGAACUGCAAUAGCACCAAAGGCUGCAAGAGCUGGUGUAGCACCAGUGCUCGCCCGUGGUUACCAUGAGAAUGUCAUUUCGCAUUACGAGAGCCCAAGAAAUGUAGGCUCUCUACCUAAACAUGACGCUGAUGUCGGUACUGGGUUGGUCGGAGCACCUGCUUGUGGAGACGUCAUGAAGCUCCAAAUCCGUGUAGACGAAAGCGGCAUCAUCAGUGAUGUCAAAUUCAAGACGUUUGGUUGUGGCAGCGCCAUCGCUUCGAGCUCGUAUAUGACUGAGCGUGUCAAGGGUCUCACCCUUGAGGAGGCAGGGAAAAUCAAGAACACUGAAAUUGCAAAGGAGUUGUGUCUUCCCCCUGUGAAGCUUCAUUGCUCCAUGCUGGCAGAGGAUGCUAUUCGUUCUGCCAUUCGGGAUUAUCGGUCAAAGCGGAGUAAACUAGCCGAAGGUCACAAAGCGGGCUUCAUCGAUGUAACCCAGAGUGCAGUUACCGGGGAGACAGUGGCCACAGCACAUCCCGGUAUGACUGCAUAAAUAAACAUUUUCUCAGGCCGGCGUUUUUCCAUGUGCCUUCCUCGCGCACGUCCCUUCGUUUCGUUUGUUUCGCAUAUCCAUGUUCGCAUCAAUUCCUGCAUUUAUGUUCACAUAUUCUCAAAAUGUCCUAGGUUGGAUGAUAAGUACUAGUAGUUAGUUGUAUUACCACGUCCCAACGAUAGUUUGCAUUUUAUAAAU